AAUAUAUCCGCUCUCACGCUUAAAAUCAACCUACCAUGGCUCCGUGUCUGGCCAGAUCUGCUCCAAGCGACCUCAACCUCUCUUUUUUGCUGCUAAAAAGAACAGCGCUGGCUGCGUCAAGAAACUGUUGGGAUGUGCCUCCACCAACAUCUUUGAGAGAGGUGCUCUGGGGGAGACGGCAUUGCACAUCGCCGUCAUGAACGACAACGUGGACGCAGCCGUGGCGCUCAUGGACGGGGCCCCGGAACUCAUCAAUGAGCCCAUGACCUCUGAACUUAUGCAAGGUGUCACUCCGCUCCACAUUGCGGUGGUGAACCAGAACAUCACCCUGGUGGGUCAGCUGAUCGCACGCGGAGGGGACGUGGCCACGCCCAGAGUCACCGGCCUCUACUUCAAGAAGAGGCCAGGAGGGCUGGUGUACUACGAUGAGCACAUCCUGUCCUUUGCUACGUGCAUGGGGAACGAAUGCAUCAUGACCAUGUUGAUGGACGCCGGGGCCAGCACAAGGGUCCAGGACUCCCGUGGGAACACAGUGCUCCACAUCUUAGUUAUGCAGCCUAACAAGACCAACGCGUGCCAGGCCAUGGACCUGAUCCUGUCGCGCGACGUGGAGCUGGACCACUCGCUGCCCCUGGACAUGGUGCCCAACUACAAGGAGCUCACCCCCUUCGAACUGGCUGCCAAGGAGGGCAACGUUGUGGUGAGGGGGGUGGGGCACGGACAAGGGGGCCAACGAGAAGACAAAAGCAAUACAAACAAACAAAAACACAAAUUCAAACAAAGAGCGAAGAAAAGCAAUAAAAAAGAAAUUCGAAGCGAAACAACGUUUAAACGGCCCAAAGAAUUCUGUGAUCAUUUAUGUUAUGAAUAAGAAGUUAUUAUUGGACAAAUUCUGGGAUUGUUUGAACUGAAACUAACCCUAGCUAACCCUAACCCUAAGCCUAUUUUUAUCUACUCUAAACCUUCAUUUCCUCUUUCACGUUCUGUUUGUCUGGUCUCCUCUUCCUGUUUUCCCGCCUCCCUGUCGUGUCAUUGGGCCGUGAAGGAUCUUGGGAUACGUGGGCCGUGAA